UCUAUUUAUUUGCCUCGUAGCUUUUAUACAGGUCUUCCAUCUGGCCCUCCAACUACUUCAGCGUAGUCCAGAUCCAGACGUAGAUACGUAGAUGUUUAAAGAGGAGCUCCACUUUUUUCUUUCUUUUUUUUUAAAAGAAUGCAUAAUUAUUUACAGUGGUGGUGAUGGAAGCCAGACAUCUAUAGAGUUUAAUGCUUCUUAAGGCGCCCUCACAGACAGUAUUACACAAUUUUUAUGAAUGUUUUGUGAUGAGAUUUUGGCCUAAAACAUUUUAUAAAUAACCGUGGUGGGAACAGGUACAUGAAGAGAACUGGAGGGCAAAAUGUGAAAUGUUUUACUUUUCUUUUACCAUUAUUGUAUGUAAAACUCAGAAGACACGUAUGUUAACUGAUGGUUUUGGAUGGUAAAUAAAAUGGCUAUAUUUGUAUUGUACACAUCAUGAUCCCUCUAUCACCACCGCUGAAAAGAAAGUGAAAAUGUACAUUUCUCAAAAAUGGAGCAUUGCACAUCAUACCACUCUGAAUGACUUUGUUCACAUCUCAACAACUAACAUAGGCAGACAGUGGAAUUCCCCUUUUAUGGACUGUCCACCUCAAGUGGUUUAAAAAUGUAAUUGUUGCACAUAUCUUUGUAUUUCAUACCUGAUGGCACUGGUCUGUCUCCGGCCUCUGUCCUUUUUUAAUCACACCAUUACUCCUCAGCAUUGUGCAAUUUCUAAACAACUACAAAUACGCGUACGAAACACUAAAGAUCUAGGGUUUUAUCUGAAGAACAAGGCAGAAUUAGUGCACAAUGUAGAAUUAUGGUUAAAAGAAUAAGCAGUUUAGAAGGCGUGUGAUUUAAAAGAAUAAUGCAUACAUUUGGAUAACAGUGUAGAUGGUAUAUUAUUUCUGGUAUUGCAUAAAACCAUAUACCUUUUAAAACUCCUUGAGGUUUUAAGUUAGUCAGUUCCCCUUUGCCUGGUUUUCAUGUUCUUGGAAUGGGCUUGGGCAGCCAGUUUAAAUGACUUCUUAAGGGCAAAUAAUUGAAAAAUAGAACAGUAGAAAAUCUGAAAUUUGCAUACUUUGUGCAGGGGGUUAUACAUCCAACAAGACUAAUCUGUUGUCUUUAGCCAUGCUUUACUUUCUUUUUGAAUUACACAUGCUGAAUUGGUUUGAAAGGGUCUCUGAACAUCUGAAGAUGCAGCAGAAAGCCUCCAAGGGCCCAGUGCAACUCCUGGAAGUCUUCUAUGAAGUGUCCAUGAGUCUUUGCCAGAGUCAUGUUGAAGAAAACAGUAAGAUUCUGGAAGUACUUCUGCUGAGGUUUGGCGCUGUUGUGAUUGACCAGGAUGUGAAAUUUGGUCUGCGGCUGGAGGCAAUUAAGACCAUAAACUCAAUGUUGGACAAUUCUUCCAAAGAUUUUCGGAGAAAAAUCUGUCAGUCUGAUGAUCAUAACUUCCUGCUAGAGGAGUUUGCUAAGGUGAUAGUGGAUGUUGGUGAUUAUGAAAUGCAGGUGGCUGUAUCUGAGGCACUCUGUCGAAUGACUCCAAAGAAACUGAGGGAAGAAUUGGUUGGCAAGUGGUUUAACUAUAGAAGCUUUACAUCCACUUUUACAGCCAUAAGGGUCAAAGAGUUUGAAACGGACUGUAGAAUAUUUCUAAAUGAACUCAACAGCUAUUUUGGAGACUCCAGAAGAGUGUUCUCAUUUCCAUGCACUAGAGCAUUUCUGGACUUCACUGAGUUGUUUAAACCUGAGGAUGAGCUCCUGAAGGAGUUCUGGGUGGACUUCAACAUUGGGACAUCUUGCAUCAGCUUAUUUGUGCACGACCCAGAGGGAACUCUGUGGGAACUUAUUCAUCUUCCUAAAGAAGCUCUCUGCACAUAUAGCCUUCGAGAAUGUGAUGAUCGGAAGCUUUUGAGUGUUCACAUGAAUGUUGAUAUCUCUCAUGGGAACACAGUUGGUAAAAUGGUCCAGAUUGCCUUUGACUCAAAGUAUGACAUCCAGACUGCAGUGGAGAAAGUCUUUGGUAGAGGGGAGGGUUCGGAAUUACCAGAAGACCCACAGCAUGUUGCACCAGUUGGGGAAGAUUCAGGAAUACCGGUUAUUCCAACUGAUGGUACACCAAAACUUGCCAGUCAUCCUGUCACAGAGACUGCUGAAACACGUCACGUUUCCUUUGUACUUCAGACUGGACCAAGCCUCCUGCCAUCAACUAAAGGCAGAAAAAUCCAAGCAGAUGACAGUUUUUCUCUAAGAAUUGAUUCAGACACGGAGGUGGCACGGGCAAAAGUUACUAUCUUCGGUCAGCCUCUUUCUUCUAAUGGGUCUGUUAGCUCUGUUAGGUCUCUUCCUUCCACCAUGAGUGAAAUGAAAUCUGCACAGAAGAGGAAACUGAGGCCAUUUCACUCUGAGGGUGACAGCCGUGCUCCCGCCAGCGAGAGGCGUUCUUCCAAAGAGAUGCCUCGCCACAACUACACCAGGAAAAGGCCACGACUGAGGAGUAAACUCAAAGUUCUCCCACUUUCUUCACCCAGUAGCAAUGAAGAUGAGUACUUCAAGGAAUCGACCCCCAAACGUAAACUUUUGGAAAGGGAGAGAGCUGAAGAUGCCUCAUGGUCUCAAAGCAAAGCUAAAGUGCACAGUCUGGACAGCUUCCACCCAUCCAAAGAGACAACUGUGGAUUCAGGCUUUCAAGAAAAAGUCAGUUUUGAAGACACUGUUUUUGCAGAAGAUGAACCUGUUAUAGAGGAGCAUGAAGUAAAUGAAGAACCACCAUCUCUUCCAGGCAAAAAGCCAUCAGCAUCUACAGAGUUGCCUGUCGGUCCAGAAGUGACUGAGAUGCAGUUGCAGAAAGAAGAGUCUCCAUUCCUAACACUGAAACCCAGAAGACUUUUCCCUUCUGUCUCAUUGGAGAGUGCUACAGAAACAAUGACCCAAGCCCUGAUGGAGGGUGAAGAAUCCGAAACAGAGUUGGGAUCUGGAGUCAUCGCUGCCUUUAAUACAUUUAAGGCUCAGCUGAGGGAACACUUCUCUUCCAGGUAUAAGAAGAUUGAAGCGAAGUCACUGAGGUCUUUAACUGACUGCCAGAAAAAUGUGACCUCUCUGCUGCAAACGGCACACAAUCAAAGACUUGUCCAUUUGGAACACUUCCAGGACACCGUUGUGCAGCAGCUGGGGCAGCUGGAGCAGAACUGUCUUUCCCUCAAAAACAUCGAAAAGGAAACUGUGAGGUUUUGGCAGUCUGAGUCUGAUACAGUGAAAUCUUUCUGUGAUGAGCAGCAGAAGAGGCUGGAUUCUCUAGAUAUACUGAAAGAGGGUGUCCAGGUGCCCCAGAGCCAAGCAAAGAGCACUGAAGCAAGGGCCAGUGUGUCCUCGGAUGCCUCCCCGCCCCUCUUGGCUGCAGUGCCAGUUAGUGUGGAGACUGAAAAAAGCCAAAAGGGUCCAAACACUGUUCCAGCACCAACAUCUUCCGCUUAGAAAUGUACACUCUUAAUACUGUCAACUUGCUUCUUUUUUUUUUUUUUUUUUAAAAAAACCUUCAUGCAACCAGAAAUUGGGGAGUCUACACUGACAUAUUAAAAACAGCUUGAACAUUGUAUAGUAGAAAUGUUUAUUGUACUUUGUUUAUUGGGAAUAUUAUAUGCUUAUUUAGUUACAAUGAUUUUGAAUCUUUUCAUCUAAUAUGAAAAACACAUUAUAAAUGAGUCCUGUACCAGGUUUCCUGUCACCAGCUUGAAAAUCAUGGUGAAAACUUUCCCAAGUUGAAUUGUAAUGGGGAAUUAGGACUUCAGCAUUCUACAGGGAUUGUUCUAGCUACUGUCCAACAUUUAUUAAAUGUGCAGUGCUGAUAUUGCUGACUGAUAACAAA